UCUUGCUGCUGCCAGGUCCAGAGUGUGUCAUGGGUCUCCCUGUACGGCCUCCCAUUGCUGCUGUCUCCAUCGCCACACUCUGCCAUGUGCCACUUUCAGGUCUCCUCACACUGCUGGUGGGUUCCAUUUUGUCAUAGGGUGCUGGCAGAUUACGGGCCUCCCAUUGCUGCUGCCAGGCCCGUAAUCUGCCAUGGGCCCCCGUACCCGCCUCCUCAUGCUGCUGCCAGGUCCAGAGUGUCUCAUGGGUCCCUGUACGGCCUCCCAUUGCUGCUGUCUCCAUCGCCACACUCUGCCAUGUGCCACUUUCAGGUCUCCUCACACUGCUGGUGGGUUCCAUUUUGU